GACCCAAUCUUGAACAAGGGAAGUUUUUAUGUUUUUAUCUGUAAAGGGUGCUUGUCAAUUCUAUGAAGUGUCUGGUAGUUACCCGUUCUUGCCUUGACACUUGAUACGCCGGGGGUGGCUCGAACUGUAGGAGGUGGAGGAGAUGCGAGCGCAAAAGAGUUGAGAAAAGUAUGACACAGGGAGGGACGGGACUAGCCGUGAAACGGCAACGGUGAACAUGUCAACAUCUUUGGUUACCACACCAUGGAUUUAGCAGAGGACGUCACAUCGGAUAUUUUCUUGAAUGUUUUGUAGCCUACUCCGAAAUGAAAACUGCGUAGUUCUCGUAAGUCGUCGUAAUGUCAGGAAUGGCGAAAACGGGAAUUCAUUGUUACAGGUUGUUGGCCAUCGUCGUCCUAUUGGGGAGUGUUGUGAGGACACAGGUGUCAGUUAACGAAAUUUCAGGUUUCAGUCUAAGUCCCAAGUACUUCAACUUGGCAACACAGGCACGGAUCUCAGCCACCGCUACCUGUGGAGAGGACAAAUUAGGAAGACCUAGAUCGGAUCUUUACUGCAAACUUGUCGGUGGUCCGACUACGGAGCUCUAUAGUCAUAAUAUACAGGGCCAGUUCUGUGAACACUGCAACUCCAAUAAUCCAACUAAGUCUCAUCCAAUUACCAAUGCAAUUGAUGGAACUGAGACCUGGUGGCAGAGUCCGCCUCUCUCGCGUGGACUGGAAUACAACGAAGUAAACGUCACCUUGGACUUGGGACAGCUUUUCCACGUGGCCUAUGUCCUCAUCAAGUUCGCCAACUCGCCCCGCCCGGACCUCUGGGUGCUUGAGCGCUCCGUUGACCACGGCCGGACUUUCACACCCUGGCAGUACUUUGCACAUUCUAAACGGGAAUGUAUUGAAAGAUUUGGGAAGCAGCCCAACAAGUAUAUCAUUGGAGAUGAUGAGCAGAUCUGCACCACUGAGUACUCCCGCAUUGUGCCUCUGGAGAACGGGGAGAUUGUCGUGUCGCUGAUAAACCGCCGGCCGGGGUCAAACAAUUUCACCCACUCUCCGGCGCUUCAGGAGUUCACCAAGGCCACCAACAUUCGCCUGCACUUCCUGAGAACCAGCACCCUGCUGGGUCAUCUCAUCUCCAAGGCCCAGCGGGACCCAUCCGUCACACGCAGGUAUUACUACAGCAUCAAAGACAUCAGUGUUGGCGGGCGAUGCGUGUGCCACGGUCAUGCCCUGGAGUGUGGUGGCCCAAGCAGGCAGGACCAGCGACAGUGUGAUUGUCAGCACAACACCUGUGGAGACUCAUGUGACCGCUGUUGCCCAGGAUACCACCAGAAGCCAUGGAGACCAGCCACAGCGGACAGUGCCAACGAAUGCCAGCCCUGCCAGUGCCAUUCGCAUGCCACUGAUUGUUAUUAUGACACAGAGGUGGAGCGCAGGAGAGCAAGUUUGGACAUCUACGCUCGCUAUGAUGGAGGGGGAGUAUGCCUCAACUGCCAGCACAACACGGCAGGGGUGAACUGUGAGCGCUGUGUUGAGGGAUAUUACAGGCCGUAUGGAGUUCCACGGGAAUCGCCCACAGGAUGCAUACCUUGUAGGUGUGAUCCCCAGUCCACACAGGGCUGUGAGAUGGGCUCUGGACGCUGCACAUGCCGACCAGAGUUCAGUGGUGACUACUGCAAUCAAUGUGCAGACGGUUACUAUGGUUAUCCUAAAUGCAUCAGAUAUCCAAUCUACCCAGCUACCACCAGGUCACCAUCCGACAACAUUAAAGAGCCCAAGGUCUGCAGCACGGGUUAUUUCGGAGCGCCCAGCUGUCGACCCUGCCUGUGUGAGCGACAGGGCACUGUGCCAGAGGUGUGCACUGCAUCGGGGAGAUGUCUGUGCCGUCCGGGGAUCAUCGGGGAGCGAUGCGAUCGCUGUCAUGAAGGAUUCCACUCUUUCCCGUAUUGUCAGGAGUGCCGUUGUGAUGGCCAUGGUGUGGCCGACAGGUCGUGCGGGCCCAGAGGCGAAUGCAGAUGCCGGGCCAACUACGCUGGCCAGCAGUGUGAACAAUGUGCCACCGGGCACUAUGAGUACCCAUACUGCUCUGUGUGCCAGUGUGAUCCAGAAGGAUCCCAGGGGGGUGCAUGUGACCCUGCGUCUGGGCAGUGUGUGUGUCGACCUGGAGUGACUGGGCGGCGCUGUGACCGUUGCUCCAACCCAGGCCUCCAGUUCCCAUACUGCACUGUGUGCCAGUGUGAUCCAGAAGGAUCCCAGGGGGGUGCAUGUGACCCUGCGUCUGGGCAGUGUGUGUGUCGACCCGGAGUGACUGGGCAGCGCUGUGACCGCUGCUCCAACCCAGGCCUCCAGUUCCCAUACUGCACUGUGUGCCAGUGUGAUCCAGAAGGAUCCCACGGGGGUGCAUGUGACCCUGCGUCUGGGCAGUGUGUGUGUCGACCCGGAGUGACUGGGCAGCCCUGUGACCGCUGCUCCAACCCAGGCCUCCAGUUCCCAGACUGCACUGUGUGCCUGUGUCACCCAGAAGGAUCCCAGGGGGGUGCAUGUGACCCUCCGUCUGGGCAGUGUGCGUGUCGACCUGGAGUUACUGGGCAGUACUGUGACCGCUGCUCCAACCCAGGCCUCCAGUUCCCAGACUGCACUGUGUGCCUGUGUCACCCAGAAGGAUCCCAGGGGGGUGCAUGUGACCCUGCGUCUGGGCAGUGUGUGUGUCGACCCGGAGUGACUGGGCAGCGCUGUGACCGCUGCUCCAACCCAAGCCUCCAGUUCCCAUACUGCACUGGACCUACUCCAGCUCCCAGCAGCCAGUGCAACCAAGUGGGGUCAGAGGUCGGCAUCAAGGUUCCUCAGGGGGGCUCCUGUGUGUGCCGGCGCUAUGUGGAGGGCCCUCGUUGUGACCGGUGUAAGCCUCUCUUCUGGAACCUGGCCCGUGACAACCCCAGCGGCUGCAUAGAGUGCAUGUGUGGCGAUAAGGGCACCCUGAGCGGCGUAGGGGAGUGCCAGCAGGAAACUGGUGAAUGCUACUGCAAGCCCAAUACCUGCAGCCACUCCUGCAGCAUAUGUAAGGAGUCCCACUUCCUGCUCCAGAGGAAGAACUAUUUUGGCUGCCAAGGCUGCCAGUGUGAUGUGGGCGGUGCUGUGGGGAGUAGCUGCGAUGACCAGACGGGACAGUGCCAGUGCCGGAAGAAUAUCAGAGGCCGCUCCUGCGAUGAGCCAGAGACCAACCAUUACUUCCCCAGCCUCCAUCACCUAAAGGUUGAGGUGGAGAAUGGCAUCACUCCCAAUGCCCGGCCUGUGCGCUUUGGCUACGAGCCCCAGGUGUUCCCACAGUUCAGCUGGAGAGGUUAUGCCAUCAUGUCACCUGCCCAGAGUGAAGUCAGUGUGAGUGUGCAUGUGGACGAGGCUCACCGUUCUGCCUUCCGCCUGCUGCUGCGCUACGCCAACCCCGGCACGGCCAGCGUGACCGGCCGCAUCACGGCCUCCCGGUCCCGCGGAGGGGCAGGUGAGAGCAGAGAGGUGGUGUUCCCGCCAAGUCGUGCUCCGGCUCUCCUCACGGUGCCAGGUGAUGGCUUCGCUCAGCCCUUUACCCUGAACCCUGGCAAGUGGAACCUCCACAUUCAGGCCGAGGGCAUUCUACUGGACUACCUGGUGCUGUUGCCCAGUGAUUACUAUGAGGCUCCCAUCCUGCAGGAGACUGUCACUGAACCCUGCACAUACACCAAAGUGGAACAGCACAAGAGCUGUCUGCUCUACAAGCACGUGCCGAUGGAGCGUUUCCCGUUCGUGCUGGGCUCCGAGGGGCUGCUGUCGGUACGGGGGCGACGGAGGAGGGGCCGCAGACAAGCGAGGACGCGCCGGCCCACCGCAGACCACCCAGAGAUGGCCUCCAUCAGCGGCAGACAGGCUCAGCUGCAGCUGAUGGUGCACGUCCCUCGGCCUGGCCUUUACGCCGUGGUGCUGGAGUACGCCAGUGAGGUGGACAUGGUGCAGAACAUCAACCUGCACGUCAAGGGUCACUCCCAGGACGAGGUCCAUGCCAGGGCCAACAUCUACAGCUGCACCUACAGCUUCCUGUGCCGGAGCGUGGCUGUGGACGGGAUGAACCGCGUGGCGAAGCUGCAGAUGGCUCACCGGACGGAGUUGCUGCUCCAGACCUCCACCGCCUCAUUCCUGCUGCACAAAGUGUAUGUGGUGCCCGCCGAGGAGUUCUCCAUGGAGCACGUGGAUCCCAAGGUGCUCUGCGUGUCUGAGCACGGGCGCUUCACCGACGACUGUCAGGUGUGUGUCCAAAGCCAGUUCCCCAGCGUCCCCUCAGCGGUGCUACUGGACCCCACUCACCAGGCUCCACGGCCUUCAGGUCCACGGGGCGAAGGGGUGCUUCUCAAAUCUCCGCAGACUAAGGUGACGGUGAGUGGCCGAGUGCCUGACCCGGGCAGGUAUGUGUUGGUGGUCCACACACGCCAGCCAGAGCACACAGCCUUCCCGGUGGAGGUCCUCAUCGAUGCUGGAAUGAUAUGGAAAGGCUGGCUCAACGCCUCCUUCUGCCCUGCGAUGUCCGGCUGCAGGAGUGUGUUCAUCACCGAGCGCCGCAUCGCCCUGGACGUGCCACAGAGGGAGCUCGCCAUCACUCUGAGGAUCCCACCGGGGAAGACCCUCACCCUGGAUUAUAUCUUGGCUGUCCCCGAUGAUCGUUACACGCCAGAUCUCAUGAAAGCAAAGCCGCUGGAUAAGGCGCCUGAUUUCAUCGCCCAGUGUGGAGGGGAGAGCUUCCAGAUAGACCCCAGCACUGCCUCCGAGUUCUGCCGAGCCUCGGCCCGCUCUCUGGUGGCGCUGCACCACAACGGGGCCCUGCCCUGCUACUGCGACAAGUCCGGCUCCACCAGCCCCACCUGUGAGCCGCUGGGCGGCCAGUGCCGCUGCAGACCUCACGUUAUCGGCCGUCAGUGCACCCGCUGUGCCACCGGCUACUACGGCUUCCCCUACUGCAGACCGUGUCAGUGUGGUCGGCGGCGGCUGUGCGAUGAGGUGACGGGCGAGUGCAUCUGCCCCCCUCAGACGGUUCGGCCGGCGUGUGACACGUGCAAUAGCCAGACGUUCAGCUACCACCCGCUGGUGGGCUGCGACCACUGCGACUGCUCCCCCACGGGCAUCGUGAGCAGCAGCGGCGAUUGUGACUCUUACACCGGACAGUGCACGUGUAAGCCCAGGAUCGGUGGACGUCAGUGUGACCGCUGUGCUGCCGGCUACUUCCGUUUCCCAGAGUGUGUGCCAUGUGACUGUGAGACUGGGGGGGUCCGCCCAGAGGUGUGUGACCCCAACACUGGCCAGUGCCUCUGCAAGAGGAACGUGGAGGGUGAGCGCUGCGAUUCCUGUCGAAGAGGCUCGUUCCACUUUGAUCCGGCCAAUCCCAGCGGUUGCAUCGAGUGCUUCUGCUUCAAAACCAUAGACCAGUGCCACAGCUCCAGCAAACGCAGGGGAAAGUUUGUGGACAUGCAUAACUGGCGCCUGGAGAAGGCUGACCUGGAGGAGGUGCCCUCGGUGCUCAACCCCAUAAGCAACAUGGUGGUGGCCGACGUGCAGGAGGUGCCCCGCUCUGUCCAGAGCCUCCACUGGGUGGCGCCACCCUCCUACCUGGGCGACAGGGUGUCCUCCUAUGGCGGCUACCUCACCUACCAGACCAAGUCCUUUGGCAUCCCCAGCGAGGGAAUGCUUCCCCUGGACAAGAAGCCAGACCUGCUACUUAGUGGGGACCAGAUGACACUGGUGUACUUUGACCCACAGUCCCCUGAUCCAGACAGACUGUAUCAAGGCAGAGUUCAGCUAGUAGAGGGCAACCUGCGCCACGCAGGCACCAGGCGGCCGGUGUCGCGUGAGGAGCUGCUGCGGGUGCUGGCGGCGCUGGAGGAUGUGCGCGUGCGCGCCCUCUACUUCACCCAGAGCCAGAGGCUCAGCCUGGGGGACGUGGGCUUGGAGGAGGCCAGCAGGGACGGACGCGGGGCACCCGCCAGCACCGUGGAGGAGUGCUCCUGCCCACCCCAAUACAGCGGAGACUCCUGCCAGAAAUGUGCCCGUGGUUUCUAUAGAGACAGAAGUGCACAGCUCCCAGGCAGGUGUGUGCCCUGCUCCUGUAACGGCCUAUCAGACGAGUGUGAGGAGGGAACAGGAAGAUGCCUGAACUGUCAACAUAAUGCUGCUGGGGACCACUGUGAGCGUUGUCAUGAGGGUUACUAUGGCAACCCUGCCCAGAGGAGCUGUCGGCUGUGCCCCUGCCCACUCACCAUCGACUCCAACAGUUUUGCUACGGGCUGCAGAGAAGUCUCGGGAAGAAUGCAGUGUAUCUGCAAGCCUGGUUACACAGGAGAAAGAUGUCAGAGCUGUGCUCCUGGUUACUAUGGCGAUCCCAUGGCUUAUAGAGGCAGCUGCAGUCCUUGCAACUGCAACGGAAACCCUGGACACUGUGACUCCAAGACUGGAGUUUGCAAGGACACCUUGCCCAAAGACACCAAUACCGAUGAGCAGUGUCAAGAGUGUGACAACUGUGCACAGACAUUACUAAGCGAUUUGGAGAAGCUGGAUGAUGAGUUGGCACGAAUCAAGUCUCAGCUGGAGAAGGCCAACGCCAGCAGCUCCUCCCAGGAGCGUCUGAGGAAGCUAGAGGAGGCCAUCACUGCUGCUAAGAUUGUUGUGAACACCUUCACCUCCACUGUAGACCGUCAGAAGUCCAAAGUGACUGACCUGGAGCUGGACACUGAGACCCUCAAAGAUGACAUCAACCUGCUGAAGAAGCAGGCUGAAGAGAAGAAGACGGAUGUUGACCAGGCCUUGGAUGGUGUUGAGGACACUAACCAGAGAGCACAAAACCUGAACACCCAAGCCCAAAACAUGUUUAAGAAGAUUCAGGACUUGCUGAAGCAGCUGCAGGAUGCCAGCGCCAACGGAGACUCCGUGGCCCCAAACCAGCUGACCAAGUUGCUGGAGGAGGCCGAGCGUCUAGUGCGAGAGAUGGAGGGCCGCAACCUGAAUGACCAGAAAGAUGCAGCGGAGAAAGAGAAGGAGCUGGCCCACAAAUUUUUGGAGCACAUCCAAAACAAUGUGACACGUCAGUGUGAUCAGAACAAGGAAGCAGCAACGAGGGUUGAGGGGCUCCUGAAAGACUUUGAGGACAGACUCAAAGACCUGGAAGAAGCGCUCACCCAGGCCAAAAGCUUGGUAGAAAAAGCCAACAACCAGAACAAUCUGAACUCCCAGGCUAUGCAAGAUCUUCUGAACCGCAUCAAAGACUUGGAGAAGGAGAGGGAUAAUGUUGCAGGACAAAUAGCCAUGGCUAAAGAGCAACUGAAGGAUACAGGAGAGCUGCUAUCAACCCUGGAUGACAGCAAACAGGAGUACGAGAGACUGGCUGCUCAGGUUGAUGGGGCCAAGAACGACCUGACCAAACGAGUCAACGAGAUCUCCAAGGCAGCUGCCAAAGAGGCCAUUGUGAAGCAGGCAGAGGAGCAUGCCCAGAAGCUGAGCGACCUCGCCAAUCAGCUGGAGAAGGCGGUCAACGACUCGCGUGGCAACGACGAUGUGCGCAACGCCUUGGCCGCCAUCGACGCUUACAAGAGCAUCGUCGACGCCAUCAAGGCCGCCGAGAAGGCUGCCAACGAGGCCAAAGAGGCCGCGGACAAGGCCUCCCAGGAUGUGAACCAGAAGGAUCUGGUCCAGAAAGCCAAGGACCUAAAGGACAAAGGCACCAAGCUUGUGACCUCUGCCUCCGAUGCAGAGAAAGAUCUCAAACAGGCUGCCUCUGACCUCGCUGACCAGAAGAAGCGUUUGGAAGAUGCAAACAAGAAAAAACAGUCACUGGAGAACGACCUUCAAAAAGCCCAAGAUGACCUGAGAGGCAUUCAGAGAGACGAUAUUGCCAAUAUGAUUGAUGAGGCCAAGAAAGCUGCAGCAGUUGCCAGUGACACGGCCACCAAUGCCAUGGGCAGGCUGGACGACAUUAAGAAAGAGGUAGAGAAGAUCAACGUCGGCCCUGGAGACUCCAACCUGGACAGCGUGCUCAAUGAAGUGGACAACUCAGUGAAGAACCUGAGCAGCACCAUUCCAUCUUUACUGGAUAAGAUCAAUCAGAUCGAGGAGCUCAGCACGCAGGCAGGCCCCGUCACCAACGUGUCGGAGAACAUCAAGAGGAUCAAAGAACUCAUUGAACAGGCCCGUGACGCUGCCAACAGGGUUACCGUCCCCAUGAAGUUCAGGGGAGACAGCCAUGUGGAGCUGCGUGCCCCCAAGAACAUGGACGACCUGAAGGCCUACACAUCCCUCUCCUUGUACCUGCAGAGACCUGAGAGGAGAGGAGAUGGGAAACGCAGACGCAGACAGUUAGAUACCGACAACGGGAAUCUGUUUGUGCUCUACCUGGGGAAGAAAGAUGCAUCUGGCGACUACAUUGGGAUGGCUUUGAGGAGUAAUAUCCUGUAUACGGUCUACAAACUAAAUGGGGUGGAGUAUGAGGUCGAGUCAGAUACUAUCACUGGUUCGGCAUCCGAGCAAGCAAUGUUCGACAAGGUGGAUUUGUUCAGAAUUUACCAGGAUGCUGAAGUGAUCAUUACAAAGGCGUUCACCUCCAACAACCCGCUUGCUGCUGCAUCGGCUUACAAACAAGGAGAACAUGCCAAAAACCUCCUGAACAUUGAUCCCAAAGAUGUGGUCUUCUAUGUGGGGGGCUACCCCGACUCCUUCACUCCCCCGGCUUCACUCAAUUACCCAAAAUAUAAGGGCUGUAUCGAACUCUCCACUUUCAAUGAGAGAUUCGUUAGCCUCUACAACUUCCAAAAGGCAGUCAAUAUUGAGGACACACCCUGUAAACGGUAUGUGCCAUCCGUGAGCACCGACUUCUUUGAGGGCACUGGCUAUGCGAAGGUGGACGCGAGCCGUUACCUGAGCUCAACAACACUCCGAUUCAACCAGUUCAUCACCACCCGCUCUGAGAAUGGCAUUGUGAUGUACAUUGGCAAUGAGGACUCUUACUACACCAUCAGUUUGGAGAAGGGUCACUUUGUGGUGAAUGGUCAAGUGAACGGUCAAGACCUAUCACCAAUCAAGAGUGAGAAAAAACACACUCCCUUGAAUCAGGAUGUAUUGAUUAGACUCACUAAUUCGGACAAGAGCCUUAGGGUCAUUCAUGGUAGUAGCAUUGUGGUGACUGCCACCAAUGUUCCUGAAGACUUCAAGGAUUUCUACAUUGGAGGUGUGCCUGACGGACUGCGAGACAGAUUCAAUAUUCGUGUGCAGCCCCUGAAGGCCUGUGUGAAGACGGUGAAGGUCAAUGGAGGACACGCGGAUCUAGUUGAGAAAGUGGGCGUCAGCAAGGGCUGCCCUGAGGACUUCCUGGCGUCCCGUAAGGCCGAGUGCAAGGCAGGAGGCACCCUGGAAAAAGCCCUUGACAAAUUCAGUCUGGACGGCAACAUUGUGGUGUCACUGGGCUUCCGAAGCACCGAGGCCGAUGGCCUCCUCCUCACAAAGACUGAGCAGGAAACAGGCCUAGAACUGACCAUGGUCAAUGGCCAUGUUGUGAUGAAAUUUGUGGGCCAGACAAUCAAACAAGCAAUCAAGUCCAAAAAGCAGUACCAGGAUGGACAAUGGCAUUAUGUGACCGCUAGGAAGCGGGACACAGGAAUCGAGUUACUAAUUGAUGAGAAUGACAGUGGGGAGCCACACACAGAGACACCAAGCCUUACCAGCAGCUCCGAAAACGUCAUCCUGGGCGCCUUCAAGGGCUGCCUCUCAAACCUAUACACAAGAAGGUCAGACUAUCUGUACCGCCCAGAAGACUUGAGUGAAUUCUCCACAACAGGGGAAGUGUUUCUGGACGAGUGUACUGCUGAGAGACCACCGGAGAACAUGCUGGCCAGCCUCAACCACAGCUUCUCAAGAAAGGACAACAAGGAGGAGGAUGACUUUGUUUCUGGGUGCUCCUUACCAACACAAGUGAAGCACGCAUAUUACUUGGGGGGUGCCGCCAGUGGCCUUACAUACAAAGUCUCCAAACAGGACCUCCAAAACAAACCCCAUUUCUCUGUCGAUGUGAGAACCACGUCAGCAGAGGGCUUGUUGUUCUACGUUGGUUCUGAUCUGGAGAAUGGUCAUCUGGCUCUCUACAUGUCCAAGGGAAGGAUCCGCCUGUCUGUCCGUCGCAAAAGGGAGAUUUUUAACAGGGAGAGGUACAACGACGGAAAGUGGCACACUGUGAUCUUCAGCUUGGAGAAGAAGCGGUUCCGUUUGCUGGUGGAUGGGAUCAGGGCCCAGGAUGGCGUGCUGACCCAUGUGGAGAGCUCCGACAUACAGCUGAUGUCCCCACUCUACCUGGGCAGUGCCCCGCCAUCUUUACACGAAGACCUAAAGUGGAAGAAUCUCCCCAAGGAGGGUGUGGUUGGCUGUAUUCGCAAUUUUAAGAUGAAUGGUUUGCCAGUGGGAGAGCCGACCACCAAUCAUGGCGUAGGCCCCUGCUUUGACGGACAGACAGAAAGUGGGAGUUAUUUCUCAGGGAAUGGGGGAUAUGUUAUCAUUGAUGAGUCCUUCGUUGUGGGUGAGAGCUUUGAGUUAGUGUUUGAGGUUCGCCCCAGAAACCUAACUGGUGUCCUCCUCCAUGUUGGCAAUCAGCAUCACCUCAGUCUCUACAUGAGAAGAGGGGAGGUGGUGGCACAGGUGAACAAUGGAGUGGGGAUAUUCAGUGUUUCUGUGUGGCCAAAGCAGUCGCUCUGUGAUGGGGUCUUUCACCGGGUGGCAGUGAUUAAACGAAAAAACGUUGUGGAGAUGCAUGUGGACACGGAUGGAAACUAUACAAUUGGCUCAACAUCCUCUACAACCACCAUGACCAAAGACCCUCUUUAUGUGGGCGGCAUUCCAGGCACUUUCAAGGGUGUAGUAUUACCCGUCAGGACGUCUUUCAGAGGCUGUAUCCAGAACAUGCAGAUUAAUGGGGAGCUGGUGGCCUUUGAGAGGCUUCCCAAAGUAUUUGGCUCUGUAAACCUGCGAGAAUGCCCUGCAGGCUGAAACUGACGGCUGGACUGCACCCGUCCCAUGUGACCUCGCCAUCCAAGUCCCAGCCGAGACUAUUUGCACGCAUGAGUCUGAAGGAGUGACUGAGGUGUGCCUUCAGCCUUUGCCUCUUUGCCUCAGUGGCUAAGACACUGCCUCCAGUGGACGUACAGAGAACAGCAGACUCCAUGUGCAAAUGUGUAGUAUUUAUUUUGUGAUAAACUCACAUAUUUUUGUUACUGUAUGUUUAAAAAGUUAUUUUGUUGUAAGGUUUCAUGUUCUAUUUCAUGAAUGUUACUAUGGCAAAAGAAACACAAUGUUCUUGCAAAAAAAAAUGAAAUAAAUGUUUCACGUUGAAUUAUUAAGCUGAAA